AUGAAAGAUUGUGAUCAAUGUUCUACAGCAAAACUUGGAGGUUUACAAGUAUGGAUGCAACAUUUAACAGAUGAACAUGCAAUACCAACUGAAUGGCCUAGUGAUAGAGCAUCACGUUUAACUGGUUCUAAUGCAUUACGUCCAUAUACAACAAUAGCUGAAUCAAAAAAGAAACGUAGAAAAGAUAGUAUACCAAGACCAUUGAAUAGUUUUAUGCUAUUCGCGCAACAUAUUCGUCGUAAUGUUCUACGUGUUUUCAGUGAUGCAUCAAAUUCUGUUAUAAGUCAACAAUUAGGAGAUUUAUGGCGUACUGUUCCAAGAAGUUGCCGUAAUCAAUACGAUGAUGAAGCGAAUAGAUUAGUGAAAAUUCAUCAAAUUGAAUUUCCCAAUUAUAAAUAUCAACCUAAAAAACGACAAAUCACAUCAUCGUCAUCAUCAUCCUCAACAACAACAACAACCGCCACCACAACCACUGCGAAUACAUCAAGGAGUAAUAAUGAUCAAAUGCGUAUAGUUAAUCCAAAUCAGUUCCACAAUACCACACACACUCUUACUCAACCAUCUAUAUCAAUGAAUAAUAUACGAGAGGAUCAAUUGAUAACGUCAAGCAAAUUAUUAUCAACCAAUUUACUUAAAACUAGUACAGACUACAAUGUUGUUUAUUCUUCUUCAUUGGCGUCGUCUUCUUCUUCUUCCUCUUCUUCAACUGUGACAAAUAAACUACCAACUUUGUCUAAUCGUAAUUAUUCCAUACCCGGUAUAUCAUCUAUGAAUAGUUCUGUUGCUAAGGGUCAAACUAACAAUGGUAAUCAUGAAGUUAUGAAUAAUUUUAUUACAAGUCCAUCAAAAUUAGUGUGUAAUACAGUUUAUGCUAAAUUAGAACCGAAACCAUUGAGUGUGAGUAUUAUUAAUACUACUAAUAAUAGUAGUAUACCUAUGAAUAACAAUAAUAAUACUACUAACAGUAGUCAAACAUUAUCAUUCAAACCAACUAUACAUAGUUUAUCAUCAGUGUUACCACCUCUUUUAACGUUGUCAUCAAAUCAUCAUCAUCAUGCACAUCAUCAUCAUCAUCAAACAAAUCGAUUAAUGAAUGAACAAUUUUCACUUGGUAUAUGUGAUUCAGCCUAUGCAUCUGGAAUUAAUAGUUCAUCAUCAUCAUCUGCAUCAUCUCCAGCUGUAGGUGAAUUAAUUUCACCAGCAAAAUCAUGUUCAUCAACCUUUUCAUCACUCUCAUCAUCAGCAUCAUCAUUGUCCAAUGUGAAUAUAAAACAAACGAAACAUUCACCAAUACGACGUAAAAUUCAUUUUAUACCAAUUAGACCACAAUCACAACAAUUACCACCUGUAGGUAAUCAACCAACACGUCAACGUUUUCUUUCUGCAAAUAAUGGUAUUACUACUACUAAUACUACUACUAAUAAUAGUAAUAUAUCAACAAUUGGAAAUGGUUAUAUUCAAAUGAAUGGUUUUCAAUUUAAAUCAAAUUCUGAAAAUGUUGUCAUACUUCCAAGAAAAUUGAAUGAUUUACAUGUUGAACAAAAAGAAGGUCAAUUAACUGAAGAAUUCAUGAAUGAUACUCUUAUACUUCAAGAUAACAAUGAUAAUAAUGGAAUGGUAACAACUGAUAUUUUAACACCAGUUUAUAUUCAAUUAGAUCAUGAAGGACAAAAUCCACCUACAGAAGGUUUAAUGUUAACUUUACCACCUGGUACAACAUUCAUUCAAGCUAAUCAUGAUUCUAUAAAUCGUAGUAUUCCAUUGAAUAAUAAUAAUAAUACGAUAUCAAAACGAUUUUAUAUUACGAAUGGUAAUCGUAUGAUACCAGCUAUAUCAAAAUCGGUACAAAUUUUACAACCAUUAAAAGUAAUGAAUGUUAUACAUCAUCAUCAUCAUGUUCAUCCAAAUCAUUCAUCAUCUUCAACAACAACAACAACAACAGCAACAACAACACCAUCAUCAUCAUCAUUAUUAUCAUAUCCAGAACCUAUUUUUUAUAGUCCAUUAAUGAGUAGUUCAGAAUUAUUAUCAUCAUCAUCGUAUAGUUGUAAUUCAUCACCGAAUUCAAUUGUAUCACCAUUAUCUGGUGAUGUAUUUCUACCAAUGCAACAAGUUGAAAUGAUGUCAAAUUCAUCACAUUUCAAUACAUAUGAUCAACAAGCAUCAUGUAUGGAUAUUUAUCAAUUUGAUGGGCAAAAUCAAUUAGAUAUGUGUAUAGAAGAAGAAGAAGAAGAAAGGGUACACGAAGAAGGAGAACAAAUCCUUAUUGAUGAAAGCAAUAUAACACAUCAUUCAAAGAAUUUAGAUACAAUAACCAAUAUCAUUAGUAUAGAUGAAUGUAUGGAUGCUGUGAAUAAUGAUACAUUUAUAAGUAAUACAAAUUCUUCAGGUAUUCUACAUAAUUGGUCAUCAAAUUUACCAUUUAGUGAAUCAAUGUUAAUGUCAACUUCAACAUCAACAUCAUCAUCAUCAAGUUCAUUAUUAUCAUCAAUUGGAUCAUCGUCGUCGUCAUCGUCGUUACCAUUAACAACAACAAAAACAAUGAUCACUGUGAAUAAUAAUGAUUAUGAUGAUAAUGAACAUGGUGAGCAUAUAGGUGCCUCAAAUCGACAUCUACCAUUAACUAUUGAUGUUAUGAAAUCAACAAAUGAAAAUUUAAUCACCUUAUCAUCUACAUCUUCAUCAACGAUCACUACCUUAAAUCCUCCGCCUAGUCAUCAUCAUCAACAUCACCAACAUCAUCUUCAUCAUAAUAUCAGUAUAUCUAUUGAUAAUGAUUUAAAUGAUACUGAUUUCUCUAUUACAAAUGAUAAUGAUAAUUUUGAUUCAACUUUUGAUGCAAUGAUGAAUUCGAUUGAUAUUACAACUUUUCUACCUGGUACAUUUCAAACAAAUGAAGAACAAGAUCAAUCAAUACAUAAUGAUUAUGAUCAUGUACAAUUAAAUUCAUAUCAUCAUGAAAUUUAUCAUAAUGAUCAACAUGAAUUCAUGAAAAUGGAUGAAUUUGAUGAAUCAUGUCAUAUAAUCAAUGAUGUCAUAGCAACAACAAUAACAACAACAACAGUAGCAACAAUAACAUCAUCAUCAUCGGGAGCAGCAACAGCAACAGCAGCAGCAUCAUCAUCGUUUAUGAAUAAACCGACUAAUUCACAACUAUACAAUGUUAUUAGAUCUGAUAUUGAUUUUAUUCAUCAUAAUCAUUUAGGGAAUGAAAAUCGUGCAGUACGUAUUAUAUCACCAUUACAAAAAAUUGGUAAACAAUCAUCACUGACAUAUUCACAUCCAAUAUCAUCAUCAUCAUCAUUACAAGGAACACAAUGUUCCACCUCUCUCUCAUCAUCCUCAUCAUCCUCAUCGUCGUCAACUUCAUCGGUAUUAAGAAUGAAUUCAUUACAUGAAUUAUUAAAUAAUUCACCACAAGUAUGUUCAUCUACAUUGGCAGAUCUGGAUUCAUUAGAUAAAUCUAGUUUAUUUAUUAUUAAACCAGAAUGGUCUGUAUUAGCUUGAACCAACAAUAAUAAUAAUCAUGGAAUUAUUGAACUAUUGACUUAUGCAACUUGUACAUUCAAUUGAAUUAUACAUAAAUCUAUCAACAAGCCUAUACAAUGUAUUCUUUCCCUUCUUCUUCUUGUUCUUCUUUUUCUUCUCUAUUUGUUUCUCUGGGCAUAUCCUAGUUGUAUAACUCAGGUGGUUUAUCUC